GCUGUGGUGGUGGUGGUGGUGACUGCGGCGGACAUGCCCUAAUAAGGCGAAGCGUGUCAGUGGGCUGCGAGCCGUGAUGGCGGGGACGGGAGGGCGGCGGGCGUGGUGGUCGCGGCGUGCUGGGAGUGGCUAAAGUGAGGAAGCCUUACAAGGUCUCCAUUAGUUGGAUCGAGAGAUCCUGUUAGUGACGCGGCACGCUCACGCCACGUCGCUGCCGCUAUAUAAGUGCUGACCUUCAGUGGUCCACGUUCUAUUCCUCCGCCGGCCAGCACGACCCGCCCACGACGCCUGCUUCGAGUACCCGACUCAGUGCCCCGCCAGGACCGACAAGUAUGAUGACCCAGGACUUCGACGACAACGUUACCGGGAGUCCCGACAGCGGCGUAGAGGAGUCCCUCGGGGAGUCCUUCAUGCGCCUGGCUUUGGACGGCAGCUUGACUCCCGAAAGCCUCGAGGAUGACAGUCUUCAGGAGCCCGACAACACCAACGUCUCUGGCAAGGGUAAGUCGAUGACCCACCAGACGUCCGUCAGCUCGGAGGAGACGCUUCCUUCGGGCACGGAGGACCAGGAGGUGACGAACAAUGGCCUUCUCAGCCGCGAGGAGCGGGUGGUGGCCAUCAAGGAGAUGCUGGAGAUCUACUUUAGCGACAACUACCUCACGAGGGACAUCUUCCUCCUCAAGCAUUUCCGACGCAGCAAAGAGGGCUGGAUAUCCUUGAAGUUCAUGGCGGCCUACAAGAGGAUCAAGCGGACCACCAAGUGCCUGGAGGAGGUGAAGGAGGCGGCGCAGGCGUCGCCGCUGCUGCAAGUCAACGCGGAGGGCAACAAGGUGCGUCGCCUGGCGCCCAUGCCUGCCUGCAUCGACGAGUACAUCCCAACCCGCAUGACGCUCGUGGGGGAGCUCCCUCGCGAUCUACGAAACCUGACGGCCCUGUCCAAGUACAUGGCCAGCUAUGGCACCAUCGCCUCCAUCCAGCUGAUGCGGCCAGGCGUAACGCCGCCAGAAAUACUGCGCGAGACGGUGCAGAACUUCGUCAAGGUGCGGGACCAGUGGUGCGCGCUUAUCGAGUUCGACGAGAUCACAGCGGUGGAGAAGCUGAUGGACAUAAUCAACAGCGGGAUGGAGGACUCAGGCCUCAGCUGGGCCAUGGAACUCAUCAUGCCCUGGCGUACCGGCAAGGCCCUCGACUACUCCAGCAACUUAAACAAAAACCGGUGCAUGUCAUGCUCCUCCUCGGGCUACUCCUCGCCCUGCCUCACGCCAGACCAGUCCCCAAGUGUGGUCGGCCGACCAACCCGGGUGCGCGGCUACACCAAGCGGGAGAGGAUGGUGAUGCAGCAGGGCGCGCCGUGCCACUCCUACGUGUGCCAGCACCCUGCGGCCAUCCCGUCACCCAUGACGUCCCGCAAGUACUACUGUCGCGGGACUCAGAUCAUCAGCCCCGGGGAGAGGGGGAGCCCGUCGCCGAGGCGCUCACCCAUCAUGACCGAGGCCAGCAGGAGCGUCAACUGGCGCGCGCCGGCGCUGCCCGCUCAGUGACGGCCGCCGGCCCACGGCAGCAUUGGAUCCUGCUCUCAUGGCUUCCUUGAAACGCAACAUUUCAGUGUGAUAACCUUCGGCCGUGAUCCAGUUGACGCAACGCAACAAUAGGUAUAAGGCGAGAUUGUCCCAAGAGAAGUAUGAAGCCGAUGACAACACAGCGGAGUCUUGAAAGCUGAGCUUCGCCUGUGUGCGUGUGUCGCUGACGUCGUCAUCAAUACCAACAAGAGGAGCAGAGUCUCUAGCAAAAACAAUUCCAUGAUUACUAGUGUUGAACGCACAGUCGAUUGACUUCAUUCAAAUCGUUGAUCUAUUUUCAAAUGGCAUCAUUAGGCAAACGUUCCUGUGUUAAUGCAUCUCUUAGGAUAAAAUUCAGAUAAAUUCUACACAUUUACCACACUAUUCUAUAAGCCUCGGAGGUGUUGCUAUGCAACAGUUCCUUACCUGUUAUAUACGUGUACUAGUAGUCCGAGUUAGAAAAGCUAUAACCAGGGUAACUGUGAUUUUCUUUCUUAUAAAUAUUUUAAAGCUAUUUAUUAUAAAUAAGUUUUAUCUAAGUAAAGUAAAUUCUACAGAAAUCUUUCAUUCAGAUAAAGUCGCUAGACCAUCAUAAAACAUAAUCACUUCAUCAUCUAGUUCACUCAUAUUUUAAUAUUUCACUACAAUAAACAAUCGUGAUAUUGAGCAUCACAAAAUUUUUAUCUAACCCUAUUGUAACGAUCCCAAAGAAUGCUUGAUAAACUGGUCACACCAGCACCCACAGACAGGAUGAAGCCCGAUCAACGCCCGCUUGAUGGGCGCUCAUCUGACGAACACGUGAACCAGCAUCAUUGAGCAAGUCCCCCCCGCCCCCCUCCGUCCGUGGAUGGCAAGUUGUCAGCUGUCAUUCCAGUGUCUCCCUCUCCUUCCCCAUUUACUGACAGAUUCUAAUCUCAAUAAAAUAUUAAAAGCUA